CUGGGAGUCUGGACAUGGUCCACAUGAACCCUGUAGAGGGCUAGCCUGAGGGCACCUGGGGAAGGUGGCAGCUGUUUCUAGGGAUUUUUGCUCCUGGCCCAGCUGAAGAAGAACUGGGUUUCUCAUGCCUUAUUGUCCUAGCCCCUGCUGCAACCGUGGUUAUUUCUCAGCCUGUCUUUGCGGGACUGCUUUUUAAGGAAACCCACAGCUCAUUGGGCUCCUGACUAUGGCAGCUACUCCCCUGGGGCUACCCCCAGUCAUCCUUAUUCUGGUAACUCCUGGUUACUAUAGGGAUGAGAUGCAGAGACUCUGGAAGGUUGUAAGCCUGCGAUUUAUUCCUGACCAUCCAAGUCAUGAAUGGCCUCAAGCCUGUAUACGUGUCAGUUUGUGGCAGUUGGGCGAAUGCUGCUUGAAGUCCUCAUCCCCUUUCUCAUCAAGUUUAACAUGUCUCCCCAUGAGAUGGUAUAAACAUCCUCUGGAAAUGUACUAUGGGACAGACCAUAUGUACUGGAUAAUGGUGGUACAUUGCCAGGAACUGACUAGAUGUGUGUCACCCAGGACUCUGAUGGCUCUUCUUGCUCCUGCAGAUUUGUGGCAUAGAGCAACUGGACUUAAAGCUUGGGAUCCCAAUGGGUGAUGAUAGCUUUUUUGGGCCCUGACUCUUGCAGCCUCAGUGAAGAUUUUAUGCAUCUAUUUCUCUGCUUGCUCCACACAUUUCCAGUUUCCAGUCCCUCCUGCUUGACUCAGCUCUGGACUUCACAUGAUUGGCUUCUAUGAACUUGUAAUGUCUGUGUCCUGAGCCUUCUCCGUUCCUGGGUACAGGUUGGCUUUCUUGCCUGCUUUGUGCCUCUGAUACUGACCUCAGAGAUGACCCUUCUAAAGAGACCUCAUCCAUGUGAACGCCUUUCCUGGCCUCCCAGUGCAGCAUGCCCCUCCGGUCACUCUGAUCUGGAGGCAACUGUGGAGCAGGUAUGGAUGGGGACUCCAUUCCCUGUGGAUCUCUGAGCUACCAAUGCUGGCUGGAAGUUGACCUGGUGCUGGGCAGAGGACUCUGUGCUCUGUGCUUAAAGGCACAAUGGAUGUGCACAGGGAACAUCUGGUCACUUUUCCCACGUGCUCAGGACUUGUCUCCCAGUAGAGAUGCUGAACCUAACCCCCAUUCCAAACUUGUUUUUAACUAAUUAAACUUUACUUCUUUUACAAUAA